AUGGCGGGUGUCCGGACGCCCCGCCAGACGGCCGAUAUGCGGACCACGGUUGUGGACAAGGACGAUUCACAUCCAGUGAAGGUGGUCCUGAGAUGCAGGCCGGCGCUGGUCUCAGAGCUGCAGUAUGGUGCCAAUGCGGUGGCUGCAAUGAUAAACUACCCUAAUGCAGUCCGAGUGCAGGACAAGCUGUACCACUUGGACGGCGUCUCCUUCGCCACUGAGGAGCCCGGGGAUCUCGACAAGCUGUACCAGCUGGACGGCGUUUCCUUCGCGACCGAGGAGCCCGGGGACCUCUUCUACCGGCGCUUCGUGCAGCAGAGCGUGGAGGACGCGCUGACCGGGGCGGACCGUACCGUGCUCAUGUACGGGCCUACGGGCACUGGCAAGACGUACACCAUGUUCUCGUCGGCGGAGGGACUGGCGCACCUCGCGCUCAGACAGAUCAUGGGGGCGACUAUGGACGACGGGCGCAAGAUCAGCGUCGCCGCGAGCGUGAUGGAGAUCUACAACGAGAAGCUGAUCGACCUCCUGGCGCCGUCUACCGGGCCGGGCAACACGUUCGGGGGGGGCGGGACGCCUAGCAAAGCCAGCCUGAAGGUGCAGAAGGGGCGGGUCCUCGGGGCGCAGUCGGUUACGUCGAGCGACCCAGUUGUACUGAUGAAGCUGCUGGCGCCGGCGUUCAAGCGGCGCACAAUCGCGGCCACCAACCUCAACAGCCUCUCAAGCAGAAGUCACUGCAUCCUCACCUUUACCAUCCUGCCGCUAGGUGGGCGCAUCUCGUUCGUGGACCUGGCCGGUUCGGAGUCCCUGGGCAAGUCGGGCGCGGUGGACGAGCAGGCGAAGCAGGCCGGGACGAUCAAUCAGGGACUGCUAGUCCUGCGGCGCGUUGUCGACGCGCUCGCCGCGAAGCAGGCCUUUAUCCCGUACCGCGACAGCAAGCUCACGCUGCUGCUACAGGAGAGUCUCGGCGGCGGCUCGCGCACGCUGAUGGUCUUGUGCACGUCCCCCUGCCCCGCCGACCUCCACGAGACGAUCGUAACGCUCCACUACGGCACGACCGCGCGCGACAUCGUCCAGCUGAAGCCCGAAACCCCGAACCCCGCGGGCGCGGCCGCGGGCCGCGACGCGAGCCUGAUCGAGAUGCAGCUCAAGCUGAAGGACGAGAUGAUCGACCGGCUGCGGCAGCAGAACGAGGAACUAGAGCGGCGGCUGGCGGCGUUCGAGGCCGCCCGGUACGCACCCGCCCUCCGCGCCGGCUACAGCAACCCCCUCAGCCCCGAGGAUUCCGACGCAGACAGUUCCGUCAACGGAAACGAUUCCGUCUACGACGACGACGGAAUGAGCGUCUCCAGCGAGCCGCUCGCCGAGCGGACGCUCAUGUCGCCGCUUGGGAGGGGCGUUCCGGCUUUUGUAGGCGGCGGAAUCGGAAUCCAGGGCGGCGGAAUCGGGGGCUCCGCGAGCGAGUGCACUUCUCCGACGGAAGGAGCGUCGCCGAUCAGCGGAACGAAGCCGAAGAAGGAGUGGAAGCUGGAAAUUUGGCGGCGCGCGAGCAAGGCCGCACGGGCACAGCACAACGCGGUGAACGCGUUCCGGGAUGCCCUCAGCGAGAGCCGCCAGCGGAGCGCCUCCGCGGCCGCGCGCGGAAUGGGGAUCCGUCCCCCGGGCACCGACCGGUGGAGGUCCCAGUCGCAAGAGGGACCCCUUCCGAAGACGCUCUUCCUCGAGACGGAUUCCGGUGAAGAACCAGCGGAAGGGUACGGGUUGCUAAGCCGAAGCGCAGAGGGAAUGCUGGAGAGCCCCGCCGAAACCCGGCGGUACGUCGGAACAGAGAGGUACCCGGAAGACGAAUCCGAUGAUUCCGGCGCGGAGUCCGGUUCCGGUCCCCUGGAGAACGGGCAGGCGGAAAACGAGGCUGUAGAAGCCGUUUCGCCAGAGGAGGAAGUACCACCAGCGGAGGGUUCUGCGCUCAUGGCGGAAGGAAGUUCGGGAACGAGAACGGAAUCGCACUCAGCGGAAAUGGAACGGACCUCGUUUCUGAAGCGGUUCUCGUUGGCAAUUCGGGGGCUGGUCACCGACCCAGUAGCCGAAGGAAGGGCCAACGAAGACCCCGGGUUAGUUGAACCGGUCUCGGAAGACUUUGAGUUUGACAGCCCGCGUUCCAAACAGCGCCCUGGAGGUUCCACCGGGGAUGACGUUGGCAGUGACGAACGCCAAACCGGCUCUCAGAGUAGCGACAUUCCAGACCGGGACACAGUACAAGUAGUAAACUCGACCACCGUGAACGGUUAUCCCAAACCCCCGGUUAGUGUUACCGAGCACAAGUUGGCUGAGGGAGAAGGCAAGUCGAGUGCCCGGUGGACUUUACUGGGAGCGAGGCACGAUCCAGACGCGGAGCGCUGGUUGGUCGCUGGGAACGAGAGCGGACGGUUUACCCGCAGCCUGUCGCAGGACCUGGCUUCCGUUGUGGCAACGGCACAGGAGCCGCUUUCCGCCGGAACCACCGGAAACGGAAAGGGCGAAGCCGACCACAAACGGACGCCCAGCUUUGACCGGCAGCAAUCGGCAAACCAGUACUUCGAUGCGGUAGAGACCCUUCUGAUACCGGGCCCGGAAAGUGACGUCGACGGCGGUUCCGUUCAAGGUCAGCGGAACGGCGGUGCUCGAACGGAAGAUUCCGCUUAUGAGUCUUUCGGGCUCGAAGCUUUGGCGGAAAGCGGAGACAGGCGAGUUGCGGACGGUGCCGGAGAUUCAACAGACCGCCCGACAGCGGAGUCCGUUGCGUUGGACGGAACGCGCCCAAACGCAAUGCUCGCAGACGGAACACAGGGAUCGGAAGCGGCUCAGUACGUUUUGCACGUCAAAGUGGAAGGCCGGGGGGGUGAAAUCGUGGGCAGUCUGAGGGAGGUGGAGAAGGGGAUGACGCUGGAUGGGCUGCGGAGCCUCAUCCAAGAACGGCUCGGGGGGAAGGCCCCGGGCACUUUUGCCUUCCUGAUGCUCGAUGGGAUUGCAAGCGCUGCGAUUCAACGAACUCACGAGCCGUCUGUGACCAUCAGUUCGCUCCCCGACUUCCCAACGCAAGCCGGCAGCCUCCCCUGCAAGAUGGUUUGCCUGCGAGUCCCAGCGGGCAGCCGACGCGCCUCCGCCGAGCAGCCGGUAAACCCUUUCCUUACCCCCGCGGAUGCGGCCGCGAACAGCCGCCGCGCGACCCUCGACGAGCCAAUAAACCCUCGCCAAACCCCUGGGGAGGGGACCGACGCGGCCGGAUUUGCGCCCGACGGGUCUGUCUCCGGAAAGGAAACGCUGCACAACGGAAACGGUGCCGCCAGGCGGAGUUCCGGCGGAAGGAAAGAGCGGAAGUCCUCGUCCGGCGACGCCCACGCGGGGGCCCCGCCUGGAACGGUUGCCGAGGAAGAGCGGACCGGAAGCGUUCAGCGGAAAGGAGCGGAAGGGCGGGCUCCGGUGCAGAGCAAGCGGCGGGCCGCCAUCGAGGCCUCGUUGACGGCAGGAGCGACCGGAAACCGGCGGCGCAGCUCGUACUCCGACGCCAAAACAGGGCCCCCCGAGGACCGCCAGCCGUCCCCGCAGAGCGUCUCCCGGAGGGCGUCCGUAACCCGGUCGUCAGCAGCAGAUAACCGGGGUUUAGCGGAGAUCCUUCCAGAGGGGGUCAUUCAAGAGCGGGCCAACCAACCCCCGGGCGUUGAUGAAGCUGCAACGUCGGCGCUGACGUCAGCGGACGGGACGGGCGCGGUUCGGAAGAUGGAGCGGCGCGCGAGCGGAGGGGAACUGCUGACGUCAGCGCGGAAGGCUGACGUUAGCGUGCGGUCAAGCCUGGACGGCCUCCAGAAGCACCGCCAAAAUCCGGCGAUCAUGAAGUGGGUUAAGGAGCGGCUGCUUGCCCGGGAGAAGAACGGAGUGGCCGGGGGGAUCCCUCCCGAGCAGGAUGCCAUGCUCAAAAUGGCGGCAUCCAGACUGAUCGGGAAUAUGGAAGAGUUGUGGCAGUUGGGCCCCGGGCCGUUGAAGAUCGGCGGGGUGAUAUGA